AGCGCAAACAAGUGUUGUAUGCUUAUUUCAUGAACAAAGUAGUCAUUUCAAUGAUACUAAAAGCGAAAUUAUUUUAAUCAUUCAUAUUUGCCAGAAUUACAACUGUUCUUUUUACAAUCCAUUCAAGAGCAUUUACAAUCCGUACUGGAUUUCAGAAAAGCAAUUUGCCUACCGUACUACCAACUACCAUAGAGCUUCCGCCAUAUUACCGAUACCGACGCUAAAGACGAGAAUUCUCUUUGAGCUCGAGAGUUGAAGGCUUGAAGCAGCGAAGCUUGUUAUCGUCAAGACUUCAGGACUUUCGUUAACCUAACGUUAAUGUCUCGUCGUGAGAAUAUGGGCAGUAAGAGAGGACGUAAUGAUGAUUGGAGCCACUCCAGGUCCCGUUCUCCAGCUGGUCGCCGCAGUCCCGGUGGUCAUGGUGGCUCUUCUGAGACCACCACUGAUCCCAGGACGCUGGAUGCUCGUAUCUUCAUUGGAAGCCUUGUUCCUGAAGUCACCCAGGAAAUGCUCAAAAGUUACUUCUCUAAGUAUGGUGAUGUCAAAGGUGUAAUGAUCACCAAGCGCAAGUUUGGAUUCGUGCAGUUUUCCUCUGAGCACGAGAGCGCCAAGUGUCUUGCUGAUGGCCCUAAUGUGCUCAUUGAUGGACACAGAAUAGAUGUGAAGCCGGCCAAGAUCCGGUAUGGAGGACCUGGUGGUGGUGAUGAUGAUGGUCCGCGCGAUGGUGGGCGACGAGGUAGAGACCGCCCCAUGAGAGGAGGUGGUCGAGGGGGAGGCGAUGCUCCCCCCGCGCGGCGACAGGAUUUUGAAGAUGGGCGUCGCGACAGUUACUAUGACUCCUAUUACAACAGAUCAGAAGCAGGCAACGACCGACGCGCCGGCAGCGCUCCUGGCCGUGAACGACCUGCGAGCUAUGCCAGCGACUACCCUGACUACUAUCGUGAAUACUAUGAUCGCUACUACCGGGAUCCUGCCCCUGCUGGGCUAGCUCCUCGAGAGUAUCCUGCUGCCACUCCUGCUGCGUAUCCACCAGCUGGUCCUGGGGCAGCUGCUCCAGGGGCGGCCUUGCCCGUCUUGGACCCCCUCGACCCCGGCCGGCCUAACGACUGCGAGAUUGUGGUGCCUGACAAGAUGCAGCGAGCAUACGCUGAGAGCAUUGAGGUUGAACUCAAGAGGUGCGGGCUGCUAGUGGACAUCCUCUUCCCUCCCGGCGACGUCUCCAGCAGCCGAGUGCUGGCUGACCUGGCGGGCCGCCGCUGCCUCUACGCUGUCUUUGUGACGCCUGAAAACGAGAAGCAUCGCUCGCUCACUCUCAACAUCCUGCACGGCACGCCACAAGAGCACCGCAACAUGCCUGUCGACGAUGCAUUAGUAUUAGUGCAACGUGAUUUCGAAGCUUACGUGCGGCUCGCGCGUCGCCGCAAUUCUCGAGAGAUCGUUCCUUCCGACAUUCGAAAUUUGAUGCUCGAUUUACUCGAAGCGAGAAGCCUCUCCAUGGGAGACUUAGAUAAAUUGAUCAAGUACUUGAAAGAAAGGCAAAACAUUCUUGUUGACGAUCAAAUCGAGCAGAAGCGGGAAAGUGCAGGAAGUCGCGCUGCGCUGGAAGCCCCUCGCUCGAGUCAGCCCAUAACGUAUCCAGGAUACAACUACGCUUCGAGCAGCGCCUACUCCGGUAGUGCCACGAGCGGCGAGUACGCGACCUCUGCUGUCAGCGGCUUUGCCAGCAGUGCCAGGCCAGGUGCUGGUAGUACCUCGGCAUCUGCUGGCAGUACCAGUCUGCCUGUGAGCACGGCUGCUGUUUCAGCCGCUAUUGCUGCUGUCACUUACCCCGGCUUAAGCGCGGCUGCAACCCAGCAGCCACCUCCACCGCAGCCUACUCUUGCUCCCCGCAACCCAACGGUGGGCGGUCCUCCUCCGUCACACGCCGUGCAGUAUCCUACAGGGUACAUGUCAGGGCUUCUACUGCACAGCCAACCUCCACCCAGCGCUGUAGCAGCACCAUCAAAGCCUGAGCUACAAGACAGGAUCUUGUCCUUGAUUAAAAGCAAUUCCGUUAACCCUGUUAGCAGCGCGACAUCGCUUCCUCCCGUUGGAGUGCCGCCUCCUGUCCCUGCUCCCGUCUCCGUUCCUCCUGUAAUGCUACAGCGUAACGGCAGCGAGGCGCUCUAUGCUCUACAGCAGCAGCAACAUCAGCUUAAGGAAAAGAUUCCCAUGGGUAUGCCACAACCUUCCCCUUACUUGCCUGCCUACGCUGGCUGGCAUCAGUAAGCAAAUCCCUGCCUGCGAAAAUGCCACAACUUGCUUCUUAUCUGACGAAGAAGCCCUUAAAUGCCACCUUCUCAUUACGCUGGCUGGCAUAACAAUGAGAGAAGUGCGAACGCUUUAACGGCUUAUAAUUUCAUCAUCAGCGCUUGUAGCCAAAUCGUUUCUAUUUGAUACCUGUUUUUGCUGUGUGGCAUCUAUAGGAGAAAAAUUUGCAGAAACGGCUAUCAAAACUCACGAAUGACAAGCAUGCGCGCUUCUUGGAAACAUGACUUAUUUUUUACAUGGCUUAACUCCAAUGCCGAUUUCUUCGCACCAACCACUCGUAAUGGGCGCUCACUUUAAUUGAGGGAAUUUCAGCGAACUCAGUUUACGAGCGAUGCUCCGAGUAACGUUUAAGCAUAUCUGUAAAUUCAGUAAAGAUGCACAGGAGGUGAGUUUUAUCGUUAUGGCACCUUGAAUACUCAUACUGCAAUGAUGGCACUCGGAUCAUUCAUUUACGCUGCCUCGUCGUGAGCAUUCCUUUGCCCAGUUUUUCGAUCGUUUUCUGAUUAUAUAUGCAUGAUCAUUCAUGAAAGAGACGAAUAUCCGAUAACUUGCCAUGUUCAUAACGUAUUUUAAACCGUAAUCGAAAUUAAUUCUAGUGUAGAUAAUACCUGUAAUUCAAUAUUUAGAUGUUUGCGUUUCAAUUUUUGAUUAAGGAUAAUUAAACAAUGGAAUCGCUCAUCCUGCUGGUAUUUUAAUUCAAGUAUUGCAGGGUUCCUCGAUUAUUAUUGCUCUCUAGUUGAAAGAUGUUGAAUUGAUGACGUCGCGUUUAAACCGUCGUAAUUAUUUUAUUACGACGACGUCGUUUAAUUUAUUUCAAUCUUCUGUUAUUACUCCAUUUACUUGGUAAUUGAGUUACUCUAUUUACUGGGUAUGUCAACAGAAGUUACCCAAAUUUUUGUAUGAAUUUAUUGAUGUCGAAUUUUCUAAUUAUUCAGCUACAAUU